AUGGAAUGCAAGAAGAAAUUGCAUCAUAUUGUUCUGCCUAUUUACUGCGAGAUUGAGCCAUUAGACCUGCGGGUGCAGAAGGGCAGCAUUGCAGGAGCAUUGGCCAGCCACAAAGAAAUAGAUUCCAAGAUGCAGACUUGGACAGUUGCUUUAACUGAGGCUGCCAACUUGUCUAGUUGGGUCAAAACAAAUAUGGGGGAAAGGGAUGAGGUAGAUUUAAUUGAGAAUAUUGUUGUAGAGGUAGCAAACAAAUUAAGUCCAAUGCAUCUAAAUGUUGCAGACUAUCUAGUUGGAAUAAUGUCUCGUCUACAAAAGCUUACUAUACUAUUGCACCUUGAGUCAUCAGAUAAUAUUCGCAUUGUUGCUAUAUGGGGAAUUGGCGGCAUAGGAAAGACAACAAUUGUCAAAGCAGCUUAUAAUAGUUUUCGUCAUCGAUUUGAAGGCAGUAGCUUUGUUGCAGAGUUAAAAGCACUAGCUAUCGAUCCAAAGUUCUUUUAUUGUGGGAGUAGAAUCAUUAUGACUACUAGAAAUAUAUCUUCCCUAAACUCACUUAAAUCAGUAGCUGAGGUAUAUACUCUUGAACAAUUGGAUAAGUAUGAAUCACUUCAACUCUUUAGUUGGCAUGCUUUUAAGGACCAUCGUCACAUUGAAAAAUAUAUGGACCUCUCAAAUGAAGUAAUGGAGUAUGCAAAAGGCAUUCCAUUAACUCUUGAAGUUUUGGGUUGCUUUUUGUUUGGAAAAACAAAAUCUUAA